CUCCAUAUACCACAACGUUAUUAAAUUAUGAUGCCCUACGCCAUUUGUGACUAUGGCAAUGUUUACAAAUUUUUAUCAUUUUUUAAUCGUUUUGAUAUCAUACAUUGUGAUACAAUUGAUACAAAUAUUUCAUAACAAUAUACUCAUAAUAUAAUUAUUUUUUAAUAAAAUUAAUAUUAUUACAAGUAUUCUUAUACAGUUAUACAUAAUUAUACCAUAAUUGAUGGAUGAACCAGUUAAGUUCAACUCAUUUUACAUUGUACGAUUUACUGUAAGCCUAAAAAUAUAAGUUUAAAUCAAAGAAUCAUUGAAUAUGAAUAAUGGAAUUGACUGUAAGCUGCCUAUUUCAAAAUGUGGUAAUAAUAACUGAUUAGCAAACAAAAUCAAUUUUGUCAGUUUUUGACGUUUACUAACUGCAAAAAUGUUUGAAGUGGUUUUUCCCAAUGAUUUAAGCCUAACACUCAGGUACUUUUUUGUUAAUAAACUAAUAAUUAUCAUCUUAUGAGGUCUUUCCAAAAUACUUAUAUUAGUGCAAUCUAAUUCUUUUAAUAUAGUUUGAUCCAGAGAAAAUUUAUUAUUACAGUAAUGAAUAAUUUUUUCAUCUUACUUAGAAAUAUUAAGGGAUUAACCUAACUCCAUUUGUUGAAUGUCGAUUCGUGCAAAAAUGUACACAACAUGACAUCACCAUCUUAAAUUAAUAAUAUUAUACAAAUGUCAAAUACCUACAAUAAUCGUCGAAAAAGGGUCAGUACUCAGUAGUCAGUAAGUUGGGCAACAGACUUGUUUGAUAUGAACUAUUGUUAUCAUUGUAAACAUUGCCAUAGUUGUAAAUGGCUGCCAGCGUCAUUGAUAAGAAGAAGUCGGGUAUCUAGUUAUGAUAUAUAUCUGUGGGAUAUACUUAGAUCAUAAUAUACACUGGAUAGAGCUAUGGUUUAAAAUCUUGAAGCAUAGCUGCUGCUCGUGCCCGAAGUCAUCACUGCGCAUGAACAAAACUGUUUUAUGAUAAAAGAUUACUGAUGAAUACACAAAAUAGAAAAUAAUAUUAUAAGAUAUAACCCUCGUGAAGCACUAACUGAUAAUAAUCAUUAUACAUUUUUUAAUUUCUAUUUUCCAUUGAGAAUUUGAGUGUUCAAAUUGAGUUCCUUUACUAAGACUGAAAAUUAAUAAAAUGGGAAAAAUGAAUAAACUUGGCAAGAAUCACAAAUGUUGUAUUUUAUGUCUAAGAUCGCCCAUUAAAGUACCUGGUCUUACAUUGCAUCAAUUUCCAACAAGUGAAGAGAAAAGAAAUGUGUGGUUGAAUGCUUGUGGGUUAGAAGCUGAUGAGUAUUUGCCAUAUCGAAAGUUAUGUUCCAGGCAUUUUGAUGAAGCAUGUUACAACAAAUCAGGUUUUCGAUUAAAAUUAGAUGCGAUUCCUACAAAGAAAUUAAAAGGGAAAAUCAUACGACCAUUUUUUCAACAAUCUGAAGACAAAACAAUAGAUUUGGCAUUAAAAAAUGAUGAAUUGACUGUUCAGCCACCGACAUCUGAAACUGUGAAUGUUAGUUCCGAAAAUAAUGAAUCAACAACUCAAACAGUUUUAAGUCUUCCGUCUACUCCUGAACUGCAAGAAACUCCAAAAAAAGAAAAACGUUUUGAGGGUGAAUUAAAAACACCUGAUUUUGCUACACCUCAAAGAUCUAGAAAAAGUUGGAAUUUAGCUAAAACUCAAAUUAAAAUACAACAAAAUAAAAUUAAAAUGCUCAACCAGAAAGUUAGGAGAUUACAAAAAAAGUUAUCAUCAUUAAAAUUACUAAUGGGUCAUUUAAAACAAAAAAACCUUUUAAGAGGCCCAUGACAAUAUUUUGGUAAUGUUUGACUAGGUUUUUACUUGAUACUGUAAAAUGGAGUAAUUUUGAUAAUUGUUUACUGUUUUAUUACAAUUUUACUUUUUAUUUUA